AUGGAUAUGGAAGGGAAAGUUGUGGAAUCAAGAUUCAAGAGGGUAUGUGUGUUUUGUGGAAGCAGUACUGGUAAGAGGAAAUGUUACAGAGAUGCUGCAGUUGAAUUAGCCCAAGAAUUGGUGGCGAGAAGAUUGGACCUUGUUUAUGGAGGAGGGAGUAUUGGGUUGAUGGGUUUGGUUUCACAAACUGUUCACCAUGCUGGAGGGAAUGUUCUUGGGAUCAUUCCUAGAACUCUGAUGAGCAAAGAGAUAACUGGGGAAACGGUUGGGGAAGUAAGGCCAGUAGCCGACAUGCACCAAAGAAAGGCAGAAAUGGCCCGCCACUCUGAUUGUUUUAUUGCCCUACCAGGUGGGUACGGAACUUUGGAGGAGUUAAUGGAAGUGAUAACUUGGGCUCAGCUGGGCAUCCAUGACAAGCCUGUGGGUUUGCUUAAUGUUGAUGGCUAUUAUAAUUACUUGCUAACUUUCAUCGACAAAGCCGUGGAUGAUGGCUUUAUCAGACCUUCCCAACGGCACAUCAUUGUCUCUGCACCAAAUGCCAAAGAACUGGUUCAGAAGCUUGAGGAUUACGUGCCUGUGCAUGAUGGAGUCAUAGCCAAGGCAAGCUGGGAGGUUGAGCAACAGCAACAAGGCCCACAACAGGUGGGGUUUAAUGCCACUACUUUGCAGACUCAGAUCGCUCUAUAAAGGAGAGACAUGAAAAUGGAAAAGAUAGAAAAAAAAAAGUAGGGAAAAAGGGUGUUUUAGGCUCCUAGCUUUUUACUCUCAUUUUUGGGUCAUAUACCAACCAUACCAUAAUGAUCUGGUAAGGUUUGAAUGACAAGAAGAUAAAAGAGAAGAUAGUGACAAAAGUGGGUCUAUUUGGUAUUAAAAGAGGGAAGCUAAUCUUAUUAUUACUUGGGCAUUUAAGCUUGUAAUUUGGUAUCUAGAAGUAUGUACAAAUAUUAUAGAAAGAACAAGAAGCAAGAUCCAAAAAAUAGCAGCUUUAUUAUGUAUGUAUUUCCAUGAAGGCAUUAACAAGAGCAUGCAUUACUUUGCUGAUAGUUUUACAGCUUCGUCUCUUUUUGUUCUGCCAGUUUUUAAGGUACUGUUAUGGCGAGUGAUGAUUAAUGCAUUUUCAUCAUUUGAUGACCUUAAAAGUUGCAAUUGUGGAUGUGUACAUUACUGCUACAGUCUCCAGCUCAUUUGCAGGGACCGGGGAUUUUGAACUGUAGCUGGACACAGGACACUGGAGCCUGUUUUGUUUUCUACUGCUGUAAAAUAAGAGAGAGAGAGAGAGAGAGAUGGAGACAAUGAUGUUUUGAAAAAUAAAGUUAGGAAAAAAGGGCUGCACAUGAUCACUUACCAAGCCACCAAGCUAGCUUUUGCUGUUGCAAAAUUAGAAAACCAAACUUCUUUCCAUGUUAUGUCAAAUUGACUUGCCUUCUUUCUAAUGUAAUAUGCAUAUAUUUUCAAUACAUUUGCAGAACAAGAAGAUAAAAACAUUGACAAAUGUUGCGAAUGAGAAGAGUUUUCUGGUCAUUGGCA